AUUAGCAUCGUCUAUCUUUUAGCCCGAGACUUGACUUUGUACUAGACGUUAUUAAAGAUGGUGGACGAUUAGCGGUUUGUAACGUGUAUAUAUAAGAGAAACAUUGCCGUAAUCCAACAGAAUCGAUUGGCACAAACCAUAAUUACGGCUUUGGUUUUAGCAAGAACAAACUUGCUGACUAACAUUCAACCUCAGGGGGUGUACUCCUGUUUGUAGUUUGUGGAUGUAGAGGCGGCCACUUUUGGUAUCAAUUAUAGAACCUACCACCGCUAACGAUUUAGCUGACUGAAAAGAAUUUUUUAUUGCUGUCGAAAGUAUUGUGUAAUUUAGUGAAUUGUCGCCUCUGCAAUCAUGAAGUCACAAACAGGUUUACCCUCUGUGGAGAUUGUGAGCGAUAAAACUGUUGCAGAUCUUGUGAAAGAAAUUGCAGUUGAGGGUCUUGAGGAACCAUUUUAUACAGUGGAUCUUGGAGAUGUUGUAUAUAAAUAUAAAUUAUGGAAGCUGAAUAUGUCACGUGUUCAUCCAUUUUAUGCCGUCAAAUGUAAUGAUUCUCCUUUAAUUUUGGAACUUUUAGCUGCACUUGGAACUGGAUUUGAUUGUGCUAGUAAGGCUGAAAUUGAAGCAGUUCUUAACAUGGGUGUUGAUCCUUCUAGAAUUAUUUAUGCCAAUCCUUGCAAAACUGGAUCUUUUAUUAAGCAUGCUGCAUCUGUUGGUGUGAAUGUGAUGACAUUCGAUAAUGAAAUAGAAUUGCAUAAGACAAAAAAUCUUCAUCCUGGGGCACAAAUGGUCCUUCGUAUCAGAGUAGAUGAUAGCAGUUCAAUUUGUCGACUGGGUAUUAAAUUUGGAUGUGAUGUGGGUGAUGCCACUCAUUUACUACAAGUAGCCAAACAGUUAGGAGUAAAUGUAAUUGGAGUAAGUUUUCAUGUUGGAAGUGGCUGUUUAGAUGCAAAUGCUUACCAUAAGGCAAUUGAAUCUGCUCAUCAUGUUUUUAACAUUGGAGAAAGGUUGGGAUUUAGUUUUACUCUUCUUGAUAUUGGAGGUGGAUUUCCAGGCUCAAGAGGUCCUUCUGCAUCUUUUGAAGAAAUUUCAGGUGUGGUCAAUAAGGCAUUGGAUGCAUAUUUUCCUGCUGAUUCUGGUAUAAGAAUUAUUGCAGAACCUGGUCGUUUCUUUGUAGCAUCAGCUUUUACUCUGAUCACUAACAUCAUAGCUAAAAGAGAAGUAAUGAUUCCAAAUGAAGGUUAGUUUUAAAUUUUUUUAACAAAAUUUAUAAUACAAACACA